GCUAGUAAAAGCAGGCACGACCGCAGCAUCGUCGCGGGGCCGAGCUAGCUAGCUAGGGUGGAGCUUGGAUCUCUAGUCGCUAUAAAACGGCCUCUGGUUGCGUGGCUUCCCUCCCCCAAUCGCAUUCGCAUCCGUCCGAUCUAACCGUCCCACCGCUCAAGGCAGGCGAGGCCUUGCGCGGCUGCCCUGGCCCCUGGCGCUCCGUCCCUCCGCGGCACCGUACCGUACCGUCCGACCCGACCAUGGCUGCUGCUGACCCGGUCAAGAAGCCGUCCGCCGGCGCCAAGGCGACGGCGGCGCCGCCCAAGUCGUCCGACUCCGGCAUCAUGAGGAGGCUCCCGCGCCUGGCGUUCGUCUUCUUGCUGGCGCUGGUGUACCGGCAGCUCCAGGCGCCGCCACCCAAGAUCCCCGGAACGCCCGGCGGUCCUCCGGUGACGUCGCCGAGGAUCAGGCUCAAGGACGGCCGGCACCUCGCCUACCACGAGUCCGGCGUGCCCCGGGAGCAGGCCAAGUACAAGAUCAUCUUCAUGCACGGCUUCGACUCCUGCCGGUACGACGUGCUCCGCGUCUCGCCGGAGCUGGCACAGGAGCUGGGCAUCUACCUCCUCUCCUUCGACCGACCCGGGUACGGCGAGAGCGACCCGCACCCGGGUCGGUCGGAGAAGAGCGUCGCCUUGGACAUCGAGCAGCUCGCCGACGCACUGGAGCUCGGCCCCAGGUUCCACCUCGUCGGCUUCUCCAUGGGCGGCGAGAUCAUGUGGAGCUGCCUCAAGUACAUCCCCCACAGGCUUUCCGGGGUAGCGAUCCUGGGCCCUGUGGGCAACUUCUGGUGGUCCGGGUUGCCCGCGAACGUGUCCAUGGAGGCCUGGAACGUGCAGGUGGCGCAGGACAAGUGGGCCGUGGGCGUGGCGCACCACGCGCCGUGGCUCACCUACUGGUGGAACACCCAGAAGCUGUUCCCGGCGUCGAGCGUCAUCGCCUUCAACCCGGCCAUCAUGUCCAGGGCCGACAUGGCGAUCAUCCCCAGCUUCGCCUACAGAACCCACGCCCACCAGGUGCGGCAGCAGGGGGAGUACGAGAGCCUGCACCGGGACAUGAUGGUCGGCUUCGGCAAGUGGAGCUGGAGCCCGGUGGAGCUGGAGGACCCGUUCCCGGGCGGCGAGGGCAAGGUGCACCUGUGGCACGGCGCCGAGGACCUCAUCGUGCCCGUGGGGAUGUCGAGGUACAUCGCCGAGAGCCUGCCGUGGGUGCGAUACCACGAGCUGCCCACGGCCGGACACCUCUUCCCCAUGGCACCAGGGAUGGCCGACGUCAUCGUCAAGUCGCUGCUGCUCGGCGACGAGUGACGACGACGACGAUUGUCACCGUCGUCGAUUACUCGUCGAUCGAGUCUCUCUCCCUCUCCCUCUUCUUCCGUCCGAUCCUACUGGGUUUCCUGUUCCCGGUGCAACUCUUGAGUCUUGCUUUGGAGUGCAGUGAGAAUGCUACGGACAUGUCUUUGCGAUAUUGUUUCUUCUGUUCCUGUCCUAUAUUAUUAUACAAGAUAUAGAGAGAGAGAUCGAAAUAUAUAUAAGAAAAACGAGCUACGUGCGUUUCCAGUCUCAAAA